AUUCCAGCCCAGUCAACCGAUCCUAGCCGCGCGUCCCUCCCCGGCGGCCAGCUCCCCUAGCCGAUCGUUUCCACCAAACCCACCGGUCUGCCGGCCCCGUCUUCCGCUCCGACGACACGGAGGUCUGUCCGGUCGAUAGCCGCCUUAACCACCAAUCCGUCCCUCCGCCGAAGCUACGCCGUCCGGUCUCAAGGGCAGCCCUAGCUCGCUGAGGCGGAUCGUAGCAAAACCGAUACUGGUUCGUUGCCGUGGAGGCAGUUUGAUUUUGUGGACCUAACGGCCUUCCGGAUCUCUUGGGAGCCAGAGCGAUGGCGCGCGGCGCUCGCUUCCUUCUUGUUCUCGCGCUGCUCGCCGCGCUACUCGCCGUCGUCCUCCAGCUCUACCGCCUCAGGAAGCCGAGGUUGUGGACAGUGGAGGAGCUGUCGCCGUACAAUGGAACGAAUGAGGGGUUGCCCAUACUACUCGCGAUUUUGGGCUCAGUGUUUGACGUCACAAAAGGGAGGUCACAUUAUGGUCCUGGCGGAGGUUAUCAUCACUUUACUGGGAGGGAUGCAUCACGGGCAUUUGUUUCUGGAAAUUUUACAGGUAAUGGUCUGACUGAUUCCUUACAGGGUUUAUCAAGCAGUGAGGUAAACAGCAUUGUUGAUUGGAGGAAAUUUUACUUCGAAAGAUAUAUAUUUGCUGGUAAACUUAUUGGACGUUACUACGACAGUCAAGGAAAUCCUACGAAAUAUCUGAAGGGUGUAGAAAUGAAGGCAAAGAGAGGUGCACAGCUUCUUGAAAAGCAGAAGAGUGACGAAGCUAAAAUACCUGGCUGCAAUUCAAAAUGGAGCCAACAAGAAGGCGGAGAAGUUUGGUGCGACACGGGCUAUCCAAGAUUGGUGAGGAGGCCAGGCGACAUAGCUCUGACCGGACAAGUUAGCCAAAGGUGCGCUUGUUUCCAGGAAAACGAGCUCGACAAAGCUGGGCUAGUGGUGUACGAAGGGUGUGAUUACUUGUCCAAGUCUUGCAAAGUAAACUAGAACUGUACAUGUCCCUCCCCUUUGUCCACGAACUUGUUGCUUUGGGCACUCAACGCAAGGUUCAUUAGUUGGGAGCAGUGACAUUCCACGAGCACAAGCCACGCAUCAUGAUGGGUCUUCUGUACUGUUCCGCAUCAGUCCUUUCGGAAUACCUGGUGCAACGUCGUGUUUCAGAAGCCAAGAUACUCCGCAAUUGAUUGGAAGAUACGUGCAAUCGAAUCAAAUGAUGGUAACACUGCGCUGCCACGCAUUAUUCGUGUAGGGCAAGAUCAAUCGCAAAGGCUGUCCAUGUUAAUAGCCAUGGGGCCUUUGGCUGUCGAUUGAUCGAGUCGAGGCACGCACCGUCGGCAUCAUCUUUCUGGAUCCCAAACUCAUUUUCUCUGUUGCAAAUACCUGCCUUUGUAUAUAUAUAAUAAAAAAAAACUAACCUUGAAUUGAAAAUGGUAUUUCCAA